CGUUCCCGGUUCCACACCUAGCGCGCCAAAUUGUCGUUAGUUUUUUUUUUUUUUUUAAGCGUACACUGUGUCGUUACACACUUAAAACUACGCGUGCCUACCGAAUUUACGACCGAUGUACGAAAUUGCAAUACCAUAUCAGGCCAACACAGCCGCGUAGAAUAGUUCUGUGUAAGUAUUCGGUGUGUUAUAUUUUGUGUUUCGCGCGCUGUGUGCACGGCGUUGAUUGUGUGCGGCCGGCUAACCAUAGAAGAGAGAGCGCGUGCGCGGGAGACGGCAUACAUUACUACGGUGGAAAAAUCUUCAAAAAUCAAAUUGCUAGAGGUAUUUUCUAAACUUUCAACAUGGAUCUUGGUAUGUUAGACAGUCUUACAUUCUAUCAAGAUUGUAUAGACUUUGACAUGAAAAGCGAUUAUGAUCGAGUGCUUUCCAAUAGUAGUUUUAACUAUGAUGAUUCUCUAUCUUUAAAUGACGACAAUAUGAUGUCUAUGAUGGAUCCACUUAAUUCUGGUCUUUGGCUUAACUCAAAUUCUAAUCAUCAUUUGGACUUCAUUGGAGGAGAUAUUGAGUCUGCAAUUAUGGUCAACCCUAAUUCAGUAAUUCCAUCAUCCGCUGAGGCAGCUGAAAAGAAAAUUAAAGAAGAACCUAUCAUAGAAUUAAGUCCACCCAAAGAAAUUCCUGCUUUAAUUACAAUUAAAAAAGAAGAGACUGUUUUAGAGCCUCAGGAAAUCAUCAUUAAAUCUGAACCGAUCGAAGAACCUAGGAAAAUAGAAAAAAAGCCUAUAGAAGUUACAAAAGUUGAAGAACUGAAACCUAUUCAAAAAGCUAUCCGGUUAUCCGAUCUCCUUAGUCAAACCUCUAGUAAUAGCCAACAAAAAACUGAGAUGAUGACUGUCCGAGUGACGAUGCCUUCAUCAGUGCCUAGUGUAAAAACAACUGUGACAUCAAGGACGGUUCCUGUUUCAUUUGUUAAUAAUAGUAUUGCUGGGCAUUAUAAGAUAGUUAGACCUAAGCAGCAAAUAAAACCAAUUCAAUCUAGAAUCAAUGGUUCUAAGGGUAAUGAUCAUUUGGGUUUAUACCCAAGACCCACAUAUUCCUACUCGUGUUUAAUUGCCAUGGCAUUAAAAAACUCAAGUACUGGUUCCUUACCGGUUUCAGAAAUUUAUAACUUUAUGUGCAAACAUUUUCCAUAUUUUAAGACUGCCAGUAGCGGAUGGAAAAAUUCUGUCCGUCACAAUCUUAGUUUAAAUAAGUGUUUUGAGAAGAUUGAAAAACCAAUAGGAAGUACAGGUGCGCCUAGGAAAGGUUGUCUAUGGACAAUGAAUCCUAGCAAGAUCGCUAAAAUGGAUGAUGAAAUGCAAAAAUGGUCUCGCAAAGAUCCAUCGGCUAUAAAACGUGCAAUGCUCAAUCCAGAACAUUUGGAUGCACUUGAACGUGGUGAAAUGAAUGACAGCUAUGAUCGACGAGAUAGUUACUAUCUAGAUGAUGAGGAAGAAGAGGAAAUCAUCAAUCAGGAAAUGACAACAUCUGAAGAAGAAGACAGGAUUGUUGAUAGCGAUAUAGAAGAAGAAUCAGAUGGUGAUUCAAGGAAUGAUAAAGAUGAUUCUCCAUAUCAAUUGAUAACUUUUGGCUUGGAUGACUUGGCCAAUUUAAAUGAUAUCGGCAAUGAUAUUGAAGAAGAAGAAGAAAUUGAAGAGAGUUCAAAUGAUGGCAGCUUUGGUAUUGAAGCAUCAGAAUACAAAACAAAUUUUGAUGAUUUGAUUUCCGUUCAAGAUUUGCCUAUGACGUAUGUCGUUCAAUCCCAGAAUAAGACUGUGAUCAGUAAUAAACGACCUUAUCAGCAACCAGUGUUCAAAGGAAGCUAUGUGUUGACCAAAAAUGUAACGCCGAGCAUACCGAGUCCUAAACGUAAAUUUAUAAGUAGGCCUAUAUCAAUAUUGAGAAAUAUAUAAGAUGUGGGCAACUCAGCUUGUGUAUAUUAUAAUAAUAUACAACAGGCAUUCACUGAUUACAUGUAAUGAACAUGGGUUUGUGAUACUAAUACUUGAUGUUUUUAUACUAUUAUUUAGUAUUCAAAAACUUUAAAGUUACAAUGGUUGUAUCAUAGCGAAAUAUACGUGAGAAUAGGAUAUGUCAUAACUGAUAAAUUAUUAAACUCAUGAUUUUAAGAUUAAACUAUGUAUUGUAUAAUAAAGGUUGAAAGAUAAUUAACUUAUUUUAACACAAUGAAUCUGCAUUUUACCUUACCAUACUACUAAAUUUAAUGCUUAUUAAGUAAAAAUUGUAUAAAAAAAAAAAGAAAAUGUAAAAAAUAACUGUUUGAAACAUUUUUAGUAUAAGAAGUAAAAAAGUCUUAAUAUUCUCAUCGUAGAUAAAAAAAAUAUUGUAUUUUCUUAUCAAUAAAGAAACAUUAUUCUAGUGUUUUAAAAUUAUCCACUUGUAUUUAUGAGCUCUUGUUUUAACAAAAUAUUACAUAUUUCUUGAAACAAGUGCUUAUAUUUACUAUUAUUUGGAUUUAUGAAUCUUAAAAAUAAAACUAAUGUUUCUUUAAAUUAUAUAUUUAUUAAAUGUAGUUUGUACAAUAGAGAAAUAUUAUGUCUACACGAUAAGAAACAAAACUUAAGAUUUUUUACUUCCUAUGUUUAAAAAUAUUAAGAGAUAACUUUAUCAAAAUAUUCUAUAAUAUCUUUUAUACAAUAUAUAUUGUAUAAAACAUAAUAUAAAACAUUUUAAUGAUAGUUAAAUUAUAAAUUAACGAUUCAGUCCAUCCAUUUUAUUUAAGAAACGUUUUUUUUUUAUGUAAACAAUUUCUAACGACUGUUUAAAAUCAAAAUUAUUUGAAGAAUUUGAUUAUCUUUAAAUCAAUAUUAUUCACAAUUAUUGGUCAAGCUUCUAUUCAUUUUCUUGCAUAAUUUCAAUUAUUUUAAUUCUAAGUAUGCAAAGAUAUAAGGAACUGUAAAGAAGGGGGGUUAUAUUUUUCUGUAUUUUGAUAUUGUGACUACCCUCAAUUAGUAUUGUGAAAAAAUACGGUGGUUUUUGCAGACUAAGUUGUUAAAGAUAUUUAUGUAUUAACAAUAAUUAAAGAUAUCAUUUACCAAUAGGUAGUGUUGUGUUUCCCUUGUUUUAGUAAAAUAAAAACUACCGCCAGUAUCUAUAAAUAUAUAUUGUGUUUAAUAUAUAUAUAUGAUGUGUUUUUCUAUCAACAUUUUUCUACAUUUUAAAAACAAUUUUUUUUUUGUAAAUUUAAAAUUCAGUUAACCAAAUGCAACUGAUUUGUAAUAUGUAAGACAUAUACAAAUGUUCAGUAGUAUAGCAUUUUAGAUAAUUCAAUUUUAUAAGUAUAUAUUAAGUAAAUAGGAUUAUUAUUAUAGUAGUUUAAUCAGUGUCGGAUAAAUUAUUUUGUAAAUAUGAGUUCGUUUGUGACUGUCGGCCAGAUGUGUACCAUAGUACAAAUUGCAUUUAUAUUGUUUAUAAUAAAUUAUUUUUUUUUAUUUUAUAACUUAUGAUUAUAUAUAUUUACUUCUAUAUUUGUACUUGUUUUUGCUAAAUAUUUUCAUCUGUCCGAUGUGUCAAUUCUAUCAAAUAACUUGUCAUUAAAAAAAAGUUUACGUGGUACUUUAUUUUUAUUUUUUCAUUCUACAUACAAAUAUACUGAUUUAAGGUUAAAAAAUAACAUAUUCUUAUUUUUUAAAAUAUUUUAAAUAUUUAGAUCUAUCAAAUGAAUCAUU